CAAACACAAUGCUUAGAGAUGAGCAUGUGUGAGCAUAUGUGAGCAUGUGAGCUAAUGUAAGCUCGCUGAGCGAUCGGCUGUCCGUAUACACUGACUUUGCGUUUCUUAUGCAGUUGUAAUUUCAAUCAAAGGAACACAGUGUCUAUAUUAAACAUUAUCAUAUUUAAUUUAUUUCCAUUUGAAAUUUAAACGCACAAACUGUAAAUAUGCCACAAUACACAGUUAAAGUUAAAUGGGGCAAAGAGCUUUAUCCUAAUGUUGAAGUUAACACGGAUGAGGAACCAAUGUUAUUUAAAGCUCAACUUUAUGCACUAACAGGAGUACAACCAGAAAGACAAAAAGUAAUGUUAAAAGGAAUAACGUUGAAAGAUGAUUGUUGGGGGAAUAUUGGUUUGAAAGAUGGUGUUACUGUAUUAAUGAUGGGUUCCAAAGAAGAGGAUGUACCAACAGAACCAAAAGAAAAACCUUUGUUCUUGGAAGAUAUGAAUGAAUCUGAAUUGGCUACCGCAUUAGAUUUGCCAGCUGGUUUGGCUAAUCUUGGAAAUACCUGUUAUCUUAAUGCAACCGUACAAUGUCUUAAAACUGUACCAGAGUUAAGAGAAGCUUUAAAAAGUUAUGCCGGCACCAUAACAAAUAUUGCAGGUUCUUCUCAUACGUUUGCACAGAACAUAACUGCCUCUUUAAGAGAUCUUUAUGACAAUAUGGAUAGAGGAUCGCCCUUUCCACCUCUUAUACUUUUACAAAUGAUGCAUGUAGCUUUUCCAAGAUUUGCUGAAAAAUUUGAACACGGUGUUUUCCAACAGCAAGAUGCCAACGAAUGUUGGACCGAACUUGUCAGAAUGCUUCAACAAAAACUACCCGCUAAGGCAAAUCCAGAUGCUGUGGAGGAUGAUCCUCAAGCUUAUAAGCCUCGAUCACUGAUAGAACAAUACUUUGGAGGAACAUUCGAUACAGAAUUGAAAUGUAUUGAAUCGGAAGAUGAAUCGCCUACUAAAGGAAAGGAAGAAUUUUUACAAUUGAGUUGUUUCAUUUCAACGGAUGUCAAAUAUAUGUAUUCUGGUCUAAGAAAUAAAAUGCAAGAACAAAUUACAAAAAUGUCUGAGAGUCUUGGGAGAGAUGCAUUGUAUACUAAAACGUCAAAGAUUAAUAGGUUACCAGCCUAUUUAACUAUUCAAUUCGUUCGAUUUUUUUAUAAAGAAAAAGAGGCCAUUAAUGCAAAAAUUUUAAAAGAUGUUAAAUUUCCAUUGGAAUUUGACGCAUUUGAGUUGUGCAGUAGCGAACUUCAAACCAAACUUACACCGAUGCGUGAAAAAUUUAAAAAAUAUGAAGAUAGCUUGAUAGAAGAAGCUGCCAAAAUGAAAGACAAGAAAGAUAAAAGUGAUGAAAAUAAACCAAAAAUGAAAGAUGAACAAUUUUGGUUUAAAAAUGAUUUAGGAUCCAAUAAUAGCGGUUAUUAUACAUUACAAGCAGUUUUAACUCAUAGGGGUCGAUCAAGUAGUAGUGGACAUUAUGUUGCAUGGGUUCAUCAGAAAAAUGAUACAUGGUUGAAGUGUGACGAUGACACUGUUAGUAUUGUUACUAGUGAAGAAGUAUUAAAGCUUAGUGGAGGUGGUGAUUGGCAUUGUGCAUAUGUUCUUCUAUAUGGUCCACGAAUCUUAAAAGUACCUGAGACUGAGACAAAGAUAUGUGAUGCGUCAUCUAUGGAAUAAGUAGCAGUCUAUAAAUAAACAAUUUCUUUGGAUAUAAUUUUCCAGAAACAAAACAACCAACAGAUAUCCGCAGUGAAAAAUGUGGAUUUUGUACGCUGAUUUAAAUAUUAUCUUAAAUAUGCUGCUAUCCUAUGUAUAAAUGAUUCAUGGUAUACGCAAAAAAGUAAUUGCAGCAUUAAUUUCAAAUAAAAUAUGAAAUUACUGAGGACAACAAACUGCUAUGCGGUUAUUUCUAUAUAAAUGCAUAUAAUCGUGAUAUUAAUAAAUGCAUUUUUCUUUCUUUUUAUUUUUUCAUUUAUUUUCUUAAGAUCAUUUAUAUGACUUGUUAUCUUAUAAACUAAUCAAAAAGUAUUUACUUACUUCGCAACGUUCUUGUGUUAUUUUAAAAUGUUAUAAUUAAAUGAUCCGAACGCAUAUAUUUCAUUGAAAAUGAUUUCGGGUCGAUAUACUUUUACAAACUGCUUUAUAAAGUUGUAACGAAAUAAAGCUUUCACACAAAGAA